AUGUUUCCAGGUAAACCAGAAAUUAACCCGAAUGAGCAGUGUAAUGCUAUGACUUUGAGAAGUGGCACACAAUUGGAGGAUCAAAAAAUUAUGAAGGAUAUCAAUCAAGUCAUUGAAACAAAGAUAACAGAUAAAGCCAAGCCACCAUGUGCUGAAAUUGAAGACAAAGAAAAGGAAGAAUACAAGUAUAUAGCAUCAAAGCCUUACAUGCCACCAAUUUCCUUUCCGCAGAGAUUGGCUAAAGCUAAGAUGGAUAAGCAAUUCGGAAGAUUUUUGGAGAUUUUGAAGAAAUUAUAUAUCAACAUACAAUUUACAGAGGCAUUACAACAAAUGCCCUCCUAUGCCAAGUUUCUGAAGGACAUCUUGUCAAAGAAAAGAAAGCUAGAGGAAUACAAGACUGUAUCAUUAACUGAGGAGUGUAGUGCUCUUAUUCAGAACAAAUUACCUCCAAAGCUUAAAGACCCAGGCAGUUUGUCCAUUCCGUGUGUGAUUGGCACCACAAGUUUCGAAAGGGCACUAUGUGACCUUGGUUCUAGUGUAAGUCUUAUGCCUCUUUUUGUGUGUAGGAAGCUGGAAAUGGGUGAACUCAAGCAAAUUACAAUCACUUUGCAAUUGGCAGACGGUUUUGUCAAGUAUCCGAUAGGUAUCCUUGAGGAUGUGCCUAUUAAGGUCAGUAAGUUUGUCAUUCUAGCUGAUUUUGUUGUGCUAGAGAUGGAAGAGGAUUCUCAAAUCCCCAUCAUUUUGGGUAGGCCAUUUUUAGCUACAGCAGGUGCUAUUAUAGAUGUUAAGCAUGGUAAACUUUCUUUAACUAUUGGUGAUGAAAAAGUUGAGUUUGAUUUGUCUAACACUUUGAAAAAAUCUUUUGUUGAGAAUUCAUGUUGUAGGAUCGACUCACUACAUCAAACUGAGAGACAAGAAAUGCCAAAGCAUUGCUUCAGUAAUGACAUUGGUGAACAUGAAAAAUCACUAGAAGUACAAACCUACCUUCCAUCUCAAAAUGCUAAUAUUGAAAAGCUAAGGAAAAGUUCUAUGCCCAAUAUUUCUAAGGAAGUGAAAGUUUCAUAG